AGCUCCGUGUCUCACAGCCAGCCUCGGACUGACGUACGGAUCUCACAAAGCCCUCCCACACUCGAAAAAGCCAAGCCAGAAGCAACACCAAAAAGGAGAGAGAGAGAGAAGAGGGACUGAGAGUUUAAGAGAGAGAAAGAGAGUGGAGUGAGUUUCCUUAGAGAGAGAAAGAAAGAUGGGCCAGAUCGUGAAGAGGAAGAAGAAAGGGAGGCCAUCGAAGGCAGAUCUGGCGAGGCGACCGCUUUCUCCGUCACCGGCGCCGGAAUCAGAGAUCCGGCGGAGCAUAAGGCGGAGAAAUGUGCGGUACGACAUAGACUACUACGAGGAUUACUUUGACGAAGAGGACGAGGACGAGGAAGAAGAGAGGAGGAGAGAGAAGAAGCUUAAGCUGGUAUUGAAACUGAACCAGGGGAGCGAGUCAGCUGAGCCGGCUCGGAGCCGGUCUCGCUCGUCGGCGCGUGAAGGACACGCGUCGGACGAGGAGGAAGAAGAAGAGGAAGAGGAAGAGGAUAAGCCUUUGAAGAAGAGAAAAAUCAAUGGUGGUGAUGUUAGUGAAAGUGAAGAAGAUGAUAAUAAUAAUUAUGAUGAAGAGGCGAGGGGGAGAAAACUGCUGGCAAAAGGGCAGGACUCGGCUCCAGGGACGCCGGUGAAUCAAUCAGUCGAGAUUCCGUUGCCUGACAAGAAGUCAUUGGAGUUGAUUCUGGACAAAUUGCAGAAGAAGGAUACAUAUGGUGUGUAUGCAGAGCCAGUUGAUCCUGAGGAGCUUCCGGAUUAUCAUGAGGUGAUAGAGCAUCCAAUGGACUUUGCCACGGUGAGGAAGAAGCUGGGAAAUGGAUCAUAUUCUACCUUGGAUCAAUUUGAGAGUGAUGUAUUUCUAAUAUGCUCAAAUGCAAUGCAAUACAAUGCACCAGACACUGUAUAUCAUAGACAGGCACGUACCAUUCAAGAGCUGGCGAGGAAAAAAUUCCAUAGGUUAAGGGUUGGUAUUGAACGCUUUGAGAAAGAGCUCAAGCCAGAGAAAGAGCUCAAGUUGGAGAAGGAGCUCAAAUUAGAGAAAGAAGUUAGGUCUGAACAACGGCCAAAAUCUAACUUUUUGGCAAAGAAGCAAACAAAGAAACCGUUCAGCCGGACCUUGCAGGAACCUGUUGGAUCUGACUUCUCCUCAGGUGCCACUCUUGCCACCACCGGAGAUAUCCAGAAUGGUAAUAUUGCAUUCCAAACUGGUGGUUGUGAGAGGCCUAGCAAUACUGAUGGGCUUGUAGAGGGUAAUUCUUCCCUGGUUGAUAAUAAUUCAGAGAGGGUGGAAGAACUAUCAUCAGGGAAGGGUCUCCUAUCUAAAUUGGGGAGGAAGACAUCUGUGGUUGAUGAGAACCGUCGUGCAACUUAUAACUUAUCCAAUCAGCCCUUGGUCAGAUCAGAUUCAAUAUUUACAACCUUUGAGGGUGAAAUCAAGCAGCUAGUUGCCGUUGGCCUCCAUGCAGAAUAUUCCUAUGCCAGGAGCUUGGCCCGUUUUGCUGCUGCUCUUGGUCCUGUUGCUUGGAAAGUUGCCUCUCAGAGGAUUGAGCAAGCACUACCUCCGGGAUAUAAGUUUGGUCGUGGAUGGGUUGGAGAAUAUGAGCCACUUCCAACCCCAGUAUUAAUGAUUGAGAACCGUGCACAGAAAGAAUCUUCCCCGUUUACAAAAUGCCAAUCUACAGCUGAUCUGCAAAAAGAUGAUAUGGCUUUUAAGACCCCUGUUCCUACUAAGGUGCACCCUGUUAGUCGGCCUAUUUCAGAAGGGAAUUCAUCUUUGUUUCGUCCUCCAAAUGGGUCAACCUCAGAAGGAAAGCCCCCAUUCUUUGCUUCUCCCAAAGCAAAACUGAGUACCCCUGCUAGUGUUGUUCAUCAGCAACAAAAUCCAUUUUCUAGGACUUUAGCUGAGCCUGAGAAUAAGGUCUCAAAGCAAGUUGAAUUGAAUUUGCCACCUUCAGCAAGCCAGAAUAAUAGUGAUCUUGUUGCUGCAAAACAGUUUUCAAAUAAAUUAGAAACGGUAGCCUCUAGGCCAAAUGAGAUGGUGGCAAGGAACAUGAAUCUGAUGCAGCCUUUACCUCCAAAGCAGCUAACUAGUAAUGGAGUUGGUAGUGGAGGAUUGCCUAAUGGAAAAGUGACAAGCAAUUCUGGGAAUACUAGAGUGCUUAGUCCAUCUUCUGAUAAUGUUCAGAUGGCCAGGGCAGCUUCAUACUUUCCCCAUGGACAGGAGCAAAGCGUCAAUGAUCCGGUUCAGUUGAUGAAAAUCUUAAAUGAGAAGGCUCAAAAGCAGCAGAAUUCUUCAAAUCAGCCCCCAUCUAAUAUUCCACCAGUAAUGCCUUCAGUUCCAUCUGUAAGAAGAGAUGAUUCAAACAAUGCUGCAGCUGCAGCUGCCCGUGCAUGGAUGUCCAUAGGAGCUGGAGGGUUUAGACCCCCAACUGAAAAUUCUAGUUCACCCAGAAAUCAGAUUUCAGCGGAGUCAUUAUACAACCCAACUCGUGAAUUCCAUACUCAAAUUUCUAGAGUUCGAGGGGAAUUUCCUCAUUCUGUCACUAUGCAGUUUCAGUCAGAGAAGAACAGUUUUCCACCCCAGGCAUUUGUACCACAAACUGUUCGUGCAGUAAAUGAAGCUCAGUUCCAAAAUAGACCCAUGGUUUUCCCUCAAUUAGUAACUCAUGAUCUAUCUAGGUUCCAGGUUCAGACCCCUUGGCGAGGCCUCAGUCCACAUUCCCAACCAAGACAGAAACAGGAAGCACUUCCUCCUGACUUGAAUAUUGGUUUCCACUCUCCAGGAUCUCCAGCAAAACAGUCUUCCGGUGUUCUCGUUGACUCACAGCAGCCAGACCUGGCUUUGCAGCUCUGAGUAUGCGUUGGCUUUUCAUCAAUCGGAGAAUCAGGGGAAGACUCAGAAGGUAAUCUUAGCAGCAACGUAAACUUGCAAGAACAAAAUUUCUUAUGAUAUGGCAUAGAAAUGGAUAUGCCUAUCUCAGAACUCAGACUUAAAAAGUUUUAGUUGCAGAAGUGGAUGAAAUAAGUUGGGGAUGUCGGAUUGCUUCCUCGACUUGAGCCAUAUUUAGAAGUUGCAGAAUAUGGAAUCAUUCUAGGUGGAACUUAAGAGAGGGAUAAUUUUGAAUAGAGCUUCUUUUUUUCUCUCAUCUUUUCCUAACAAGAAUUAUUACUGACUUGGAAAAAUGGAAUGGCGCUACUUUUAUCUGAAUAUUCACAGGGAGCUAAGCGAAAUGGGUUGGAAGAGUUGAGCCAGAGCAGAUAUUGCUGCAAUGGUUGUUGCCCAAUUGAUUAGAAGUUGUUGAUCUUGAUUAGAUGAAAUUAAAUGUAAAACCUAGUUGAUGCCUUGUAAAUAAGAUUACAGGUGUACUAGAGUUAUUAUUUGGUUAGAUUGUAGUUUGUAUUU